ACUGCUGGGGGCCCCUGUGGGACUCCUGCUCGCCUCUCUGGGCCUCCUGGGGGCCCCUGUGGGACUGCUGGGGCACCCUGUGGUGGUGGUGGACCUGGUGCCGGGCUCUGGGAUGUUCGGCUCCCUGCAGUCUCCAAACUUCCCCGAGCCGUACCCCCAUGACGCCAAGCUCCGCUGGAACAUCUCCGCUCCUCCAGGAUUCAGCAUCCAGCUGUUCUUCAGCCACUUCCACCUGGAGCCUUCCUACAGGUGUGAGUACGACUACGUCCAGGUGGAGGCAGUGGAGGAGGUGCUGGCCGUGUUCUGUGGCGAGGAGCAGACGGACACGGAGGAGGUGCCGGCCCAGCGGGUCAUCUCCUCUCCCGGACACUCCCUGAGCCUGCUCUUCUCCUCCGACUUCUCCAACGAGGAGCGCUACUCCGGCUUCAAGGCGCACUACAGCGCUGUGGAUGUGGAUGAGUGCAGUGACCACACCCACCUGUGCGACCACCACUGUCACAACUACAUCGGCGGUUACUACUGUUCCUGUCGCCAUGGUUUCCUGCUGCACACCGAUAAUCGCACCUGCACAGUGGUGUGCAGUGGUGGUGUGUUCAGGGAACGUUCUGGUGUUCUCAGCAGUGUAGAUUUUCCAUCUCCGUAUCCGAAGAGCUCCAACUGUUCGUAUGUGAUUGAGGUUGACAACGGAUUCCGUUUAAAGCUUCAGUUUGACGAAAACUUUGACGUAGAAGAUCAUCCAGAGAUCAGCUGUCCGUACGACUACCUGCAGGUGUCCACAGGCAGCGGUGUGUUUGGUCCGUUUUGCGGUCAAGUGUCUCCGGGAGUCAUUCAGACUGACAGCAGUUCAGCAACAAUCAUUUUCCACAGCGACCAAUCAGGAGAGAACCGAGGCUGGAAGCUCCACUACACUGCUACAGUGGUGGAUUGUGGGAGUCCUGCGGAGGUGACCAUGGCGGAUGUGGUGUUUGGUGACCGUGACAACAGCACCACGUUUGGCUCCACGGUUCUGUACGUGUGCAGAGACGAUGGCGUCCAACCCAGCAACUACUCGUUCAGCUGCAGCCUCAGUGGACAGUGGACAGACGGGGAGGGGCGGAGCCAACCGCCCAGCUGUCAGAGAGCCUGCGGCCGUCCGUCUCGCUCCCUCCCCGCUCAGGUGAAGCGCAUCGUCGGCGGUCGGCGGUCCGACCCGGGUCUGUUCCCCUGGCAGGUCCUGCUCAGUGUGGAGGAUCUGUCCCGCGUCCCAGAGGGCCGCUGGUUCGGCUCCGGGGCCCUGCUAUCAGAGUCCUGGGUCCUGACUGCCGCCCACGUGUUGCGGUCCCCGAGGAGAGACCCAGGCGUCGUCGCCGUGGCGCCUGAGCACGUGAAGGUCUUCCUCGGUCUGCACGACGUCCGGCUGAAAGACGCCGCUGAGCAGCGCUUGGUGCAGCGCGUCCUGCUCCACCCACACUUCAGCCCCCACACCUACCAGCACGACAUCGCCCUCCUCAGGCUGAACCCAGAAGUACGCUUCAACAGCGAAGUCCGCCCGGUGUGUCUGCCCCGGUUCCACACUCAGGGCCUUCCUCCUGACCCCGCCCCCUCCUCUCUGGGCGUGGUGGCUGGCUGGGGGAUCUCCACCCUCAACGUGACCUCUGACCUGGGCUGGCCCGCCGACGUGCUGCAGUACGUGAAGCUGCCGGUGGUUCCUCAGGAGGAGUGCCAGGCCAGCUACGCCUCGCGCUCCGUCAGCUACAACAUCACCGACCACAUGUUCUGCGCCGGCUUCAUGGAGGGCGGCCAUGACACCUGCCUGGGAGACAGCGGGGGGGCCUUCGUGGUGCAGGACGAGGUCAGCCGGCGGUGGGCGGUGUCCGGCCUGGUGUCCUGGGGCGGUCCGGAGGACUGCGGCAGCCGCAGGGUCUACGGGGUCUACACCCGAGUCAGCAAGUACGUGGACUGGAUCCAGAGCCACCUCAGCGCCGGUCUCCAGUGAGCCUGCAGAGACCCCCAGGAGAGACC